AUUAAUCUGUAGGAAAAAUUCGGAGUUAUUUAGUGUUUAGCAUCGAACCGUUACAUUACUAUUUCGUGUUUAAAUAUUUUUGGAAUAAUAUUUGUUUGGUUUCUGUGUGACACCGAGAUAUCCGUCUGAGGUGUGAAUGAAUUGACGGCUGAUCACGAUUCAGUAAGAGCGAAGCUGUUUGUCGUUUAUGAUAUCAAUAGCAGGAAGAAACUGUAAUUGAAUUAUCUGUGAUCUUCUAAACAAUACGUAGUUAUUAAUGCGGAUCUAUAAAGCGUGGAAACAAUUAAAUUAAUUUAACGUUGUAUAGUCGUGCGAAGUAUACCGCGUCCCAAAGCAACAGAUGCGAGCAAAUUUCCUGUGCCUCUUUUUGUGCCAUCAGUGACGUAGAAACGGCAGGCAAAGCAGUCAAAAUUGACAAAAAAUAAAAUCUCCCAGCUGCCUCGAAAGUGCCGUCGUGCGAGUGCGCGUCAGAGACGACAAGAAGACAAGGUGAACGAGCAGUGAUGGAUAAUGCAGCGAAAUUUGCUGAACUUGAGCAGGAAAUCCGCAGGAUAGAUGUCGAUGCAGAUACCAUCCAGGUGACCUACCACUUGCGGAAAUUCGCCACCCUGUUCCAGACGCACAUCGUCGAUGAUCAAACGCUGAGUGAUUUAUUUACCUACCUCAACCGGAUAGCGCUAUCCGAUGGCAAGUUUGCGGUCAGUAUGGCCAUCAUCUUUGCAUCCCGCCAGUUGGAUGACCUGGUGAUAAAGGAAACGAAACUACGGAAUGCAAUGCUCAUCAUUUUGCAGCGGAAUUUCCAAAGCAUCGAAGAGCUAAAACGAGACAGUCUGGAAAAGUUUUACAAUUCGAUUACGUUACUUGGGGAAUACUAUCACCGAAAGAAGUUCGUCAAUGGAAAGCGGGUGUUAAUAUUAGGACAAAGCUUAUUGUUAUUACUGACAACCGAGUUGGAAAGUGAAAUUAAAAAGUGCGAAGAGAACGAAGCACAUACGAUCGAUCCAGAAUUCGCCAAAGUGAUACUCUCCCAGAUGACGUUGAAUGGUGGCGAAGCGGCUGUUGAACACAAGCAGGAAAUUGAAGAUCUUAACUAUUCCAUUCGGAAGUGUCUCAUCAACGUAGCUGGGUUAAGUUCUAGGACGAAAGCGUAUUUGCUGAUGGCGCUGGACUUGUUCUACACAAACUUCAAUCUCGGCACUAAGCUGCUGGAAAAACUUUACGGUAAAUACUUGUUUGAACCAGACGAGAAUUCAUCAGCAAAGCAACCCGAAACUGUACAAAAAUCUGAUCAGGUAAACUCGAACAAGCCGACGAGUACAGAACCGAACAGAACCAAUUCUAAAAGUGCAAAUAGUAACAGCAACACAGAGAAGACUGAUACCGUAAAACAGAUGCGCUCUAAACCAUCACCGCAGAAACCGAAAAAACAAGAGGACAAACCAAACGUAUCUCCCGUCGUUAAGGCAACGAAUGCGUCGGCGAAGAAACUGACCAAUGCAGUAAAUCAUCGACCACCCCUAAGCCAUACUUCGCCAAAAAAGGACCAGCGGCCAAAGCCACCCCUUAAUCAGAAAGCAGUUCAGCAUCGUAAAACACCUGCAGAAAAGUUCAAACCAGCUUCUGCUGAUCGCACACCGCCUAAAGUACCGAACGCCAACAAUCACAUAAGAAACAAAACACCGGACAAUCCUUCGGUGUUGAAACAAAACACCAAGGGAUCCGGGAAAGGCAGCUCACCUGCAUCCAACGGCUCACCAACGGUACAGAACGGUGGCAACGGUGUUAGUCGAAAGCUCCAUACGGUGGUGUCGGCCAGCGCCGAGGAAGACAACGUCGAAAAUCUCGCCUGGGAUGAUCUGACACUGGACGAUGAGUCGCCCCAGAAGAUCAACCCUCAUACCAAGUCGUUCCUGUCCUUCCUAGCACAAAAAUGAACGUACGACAGUUAAGAAGAGUUGUAUAGUUUUCCACACAAAUUUGCAUUUUAAUUGUGCCUGUGGUAAAUAUGUUCGUUUGUGAUAUUGCACACUUUUACGUUAAGUUUUAUACGCGCAUGCAAACGAUUGAGAGAGGAAGAUUGUUUCUUUCGAAAAAUUGUAGGGUUUGAAUUGUGAUUGUAUUAGUUUUUCUAUAUUUUCCUUUUGCUGUGAAAACUGAAUAAGUUUUCAUCAAUUUAAAAUUGAUCGGUAUAACUGCAUUUGUUUGCUAGAUAAACUCUUAAUGUUAAAUGAUACUUAAACUAUAAGCUAUAAUUUUCGUAACGUAAGGAUAGACUCGUUUAUACUUCUUUUAUUUUACAUGUUCUAGCGGCAGAGAUUUUUUCUUGUUUUUGUCUCUCAACCGAAAAGAGUAGCAAACAGCAGACAUAUCAAUUGUGAGCAAAUAGUGUUGUAGAAUAAUUUUAAAACAAAAUAUAAAGAAGUUUUGUUUAAUGU